UUCCCUGGGUAUUCCGCUUCAAUGAAAGCUUGGCUAUACAAAACCCUCCGUAAGGAGAACAGGCGAGCUCUCGGAGAAACCACAGCAUUCCUUCCCGAAAUAAUCUUCUCGAUCGCACAUUUCACCAAUUGCUAUCCGUCUUCACCAAACACAAUACUGUAAAUUAAGAGCAUGGGUCGAUAAUCGCCUUUGAAACGCACUGCUUCAUGGAAUAUUAGCGCUGAUAUACAAGAUUCCUGGGAACUCCGAAGGAAGGCAAGGGAAGAAAGAAAGGGAUAAACAAAAAGUCAACUGGCGGGUGAAAGCGGCUGGAACUCAAUUCUGGAGGGGCCUCUGUGGAACCCCUGCGCUGGAUGACCACCGUUCACUUCUCCCCAGCGGUCUGCAAUGGGGGAGACUAAAGUUAUCUACCAUCUCGACGACCAGGAAACUCCAUACCUGGUCAAACUGCCCAUCCCUGCCGAAAGGGUCACCCUUUUGGACCUGAAAAAUGCGCUCAAGAAACCAAACUACAAGUUUUUCUUUAAAUCAAUGGACGAUGACUUCGGGGUGGUCAAGGAGGAAAUCACAGACGACAAUGCAAAGCUUCCCUGUUACAACGGCCGUGUGAUUUGCUGGCUCGUGUCAUCAGAUGGCUCCCACUCGGAUGGAUGUUCAGUGGCAGAGAGUCAGUCCGAGCAGCCGCCGUUACACGAGAGAAGCCAAGGCAUUGGAGAUUCAAGACCACCAUCCUUCCAUCCAAAGGCUGCAGGCAGCCGGCACGGCGUGGAAGAUGAAACAGAGACGGAUUCCGUGGUGUCGCAUAGGAGAGAGAGAGACAGAUCACGCAAGAAACACUCACACGAUCAUUCAGGAGGAAGACAGAACGGCUACUCGAGGGGCGGCAGAGGCAUGGAUCUGGGAGGUUAUGACAUCUGUGACAGCCGUUCGUCCCUCAUGAGCAGUGAACUGGAAUCAAGCAGCUGUUUUGACUCAGAUGACGGUUCCACCAGCCGUUUCAGCAGCGUAACAGAGCAAAGUGGCUCAUCCCGGCUCAUAAGACGACAUCGCCGGCGGAGACGUAAACCCAAAGCCCAACAAAUGGAUAGAUCUUCGUCUUUCAGUAGCAUCACUGAUUCCACCAUGUCCCUUAAUAUCAUCACUGUCACUUUAAAUAUGGAAAAGUAUAACUUCCUGGGGAUCAGUAUAGUGGGGCAGAGUAAUGAACGAGGCGAUGGAGGCAUCUACAUCGGCUCUAUAAUGAAGGGUGGAGCUGUGGCGGCCGACGGGAGGAUUGAACCCGGUGACAUGCUACUGCAGGUGAAUGACAUCAACUUUGAGAACAUGUGCAACGAUGAUGCUGUGCGAGUGCUAAGGGAGAUUGUGCAUAAACCCGGGCCUGUUUCGCUCACUGUGGCAAAAUGCUGGGACCCAAACCCCAACAGUUGCUUUGCUUUGCCCAGGAGUGAGCCCAUCCGGCCCAUUGACCCCGCAGCCUGGGUGUCCCAUACGGCAGCCAUGACGGGUGUCUACCCACCUUACGGCAUGAGCCCUUCCAUGAGCACAGUCACCUCCACCAGCUCCUCCAUCUCCAGCUCCAUCCCAGAGACCGAGAGAUUUGAUGACUACCACCUGUCCGUCCAUAGCGACAUGGCAACAGUUGCAAAAGCAAUGGCCUGUAUAGACUCAGGACUGGAAGUUCGAGACAGGAUGUGGCUGAAGAUCACUAUAGCCAAUGCUUUCAUAGGCUCUGAUGUGGUCGACUGGCUGUUUCAUCACGUUGAGGGCUUCACAGAUCGCCGGGAAGCGCGCAAGUAUGCCAGCAACCUGCUGAAAGCCGGCUUCAUUCGCCACACUGUCAACAAAAUCACCUUCUCUGAACAGUGCUACUACAUUUUUGGAGAUCUUUCUGGCAAUAUGGCGCACCUCUCUCUGCAGGACCAUGAUGGGUCCAGUGGGGCAUCUGAUCAGGACACUCUGGCUCCAUUGCUUCAUCCAGCCGAAGCUCCCUGGCCCACGGCGUUUCCUUAUCAGUAUGCACCAGCUCAUUCUCACCCAGAACCGGCUCACAAUUUCUGUGAAGCCGGCGGAGGAAGUGCAGGCAGUCAGCACAGUGAAGGGAGCAGCGGUUCAAACUGCAGCUGGAGUAGGACUGAAGGAAAGACAGCAGCUGGAGACCUCAGACUGGGAGCUGGAAGCGAAAUGGGCAAUGCGCACGACUUCGAUUUCCGCAGAGAGCGAGCCCCCAGCGAGGGCAGCGUGCGAAGCUCACGAUCUCACACCUACAGCCUGAAGCAGGGAUCGGCACGAGGCACCCCGGGCUCACCGUCCGGCCGUCACCUCGCCGGCGUUCCCACCGAACUCAGUGGCUCUCGACGCUCGUGCAACACGGCCAAUGGGGAGUUCUUUGUUGAUAUCAUGUGACUUUGCAGGACUGUUUAAGUGCCCAAUUAUGGAUUACAAGAACCGUGCCCUACUAGAACAACCAAUUAGAUUUAGGAUUAGUGCUGAGCUACAGAUCAGCAGAUUGUGAGUCCCAACAUUACUUAGGUCUUAGAAAUUAGUUUACUAAAAACGUAUGCGACAUCGGAUCUAGCAUACAAUUACAGGAUAAGACAUUUGACACCUCAAAAAUGGUUUGGAUGUGGUUUGGGAAAUGUAAAGAUUUUCUCGUAUUGACAAAAAAAGAAAGAUUUUGAGGGAAAUAGCAAUAAUUCUGACAGAUUUAGUUACAAACACUACAUGGUUGUGAGGAUGAAUGUAGUCCAACCAAGGACAUCAAUUUUAAAAAUGCCAUUUUUAUUGUUCUCUGCCCUGUUUAAGUGCAUAUUAGAUUUUUAACUUUUUGUUGCCAUUUUUAAAUUUGUACUCUGUAAGUUUUCAUGGAGAUAUUUCAUUAUUCAAGGACAGUUUUUACUGAGAAUAUAUUUUUCAGUGUUUGUCAGCGAUAUUGUAUUGGGAGAAUUUUUGAAGUACCAUGUUGAGGAGAUUUCUUUUUUAAUUUAUAAAUAUAGUUUUAUUGUGACAUGA